AGCCCCACCGGCGCAGGAGGAGCGACCUGCCGUGCCCAGUCCGCCGGGAAGAUGCCGAAAACGAUCAGCGUGCGUGUUACCACCAUGGAUGCUGAGCUGGAGUUUGCCAUCCAGCCCAACACUACAGGGAAGCAACUCUUUGAUCAGGUCGUCAAGACAAUUGGUCUAAGAGAGGUCUGGUUUUUUGGACUUCAGUAUCAGGACACCAAGGGCUUCUCAACGUGGCUGAAAUUGAACAAAAAGGUAACAGCACAGGAUGUACGCAAAGAAAGUCCCCUGCUUUUCAAAUUCCGUGCCAAGUUCUACCCAGAGGAUGUGGCAGAAGAGCUGAUCCAGGACAUCACGCAGCGCCUUUUCUUCCUCCAAGUGAAGGAGGCAAUUCUGAAUGAUGACAUUUAUUGCCCUCCAGAAACAGCUGUCCUUCUGGCUUCUUAUGCUGUCCAGUCAAAAUAUGGAGACUUCAACAAAGAGGUGCACAAGUCUGGCUACCUUGCUAGUGACAAACUGCUCCCACAGAGAGUUCUGGAGCAGCACAAGCUUAACAAGGACCAGUGGGAGGAGAGGAUCCAGGUGUGGCAUGAGGAACAUCGAGGAAUGAUCAGAGAAGAUGCUGUCUUGGAGUACCUGAAAAUUGCACAGGAUCUGGAAAUGUAUGGUGUGAACUACUUCAGCAUUAAGAACAAGAAAGGCUCUGAACUCUGGCUAGGUGUAGAUGCUCUUGGACUCAACAUUUAUGAGCAGAAUGACAGGCUAACACCGAAAAUUGGAUUCCCUUGGAGUGAGAUCAGAAAUAUCUCAUUCAAUGACAAGAAGUUUGUUAUCAAGCCUAUUGACAAGAAAGCACCAGACUUUGUAUUCUAUGCCCCUCGGUUACGGAUUAACAAACGAAUCUUGGCACUUUGCAUGGGGAACCAUGAGCUCUACAUGCGCAGACGUAAACCAGAUACCAUUGAGGUGCAGCAGAUGAAAGCACAGGCUCGGGAAGAGAAGCAUCAGAAACAGAUGGAGAGAGCCCUGCUGGAGAAUGAGAAGAAGAAGAGGGAGUUGGCAGAAAAGGAGAAGGAGAAGAUUGAACGUGAGAAGGAGGAGCUAAUGGAGAGACUCAAGCAAAUUGAGGAGCAAACCAAGAAAGCUCAGCAAGAACUGGAAGAACAGACCCGCAGAGCUAUGGAGCUGGAACAGGAGAGAAAACGAGCUCAGGAGGAAGCAGAGAAACUGGCUAAAGAACGUAGAGAAGCAGAAGAGGCAAAGGAGGCCCUAUUGAAAGCGUCUCAUGAUCAACAAAAGACCCAGGAACAGCUGGCUGCUGAGAUGGCAGAACUCACAGCUAGGAUCACACAGCUGGAGCUGGCCAGGCAGAAGAAGGAGAGCGAGGCCCAGGAGUGGCAACAGAAGGCACAGAUGGUGCAGGAGGACCUAGAAAAGACCAAAGAGGAGUUGAAGACUGCCAUGAGCACCCCUCACGUCACUGAGCCCAUGCAGUCUGAGAACGAGCAUGAUGAUGAGCAGGAUGAGAACGCAGCAGAAGCCAGUGCUGAGCUACGAUCAGAGGCCACCAUCAAGGACCGCAGUGAGGAGGAGCGCACCACUGAAGCAGAGAAGAACGAACGGGUCCAGAAACACUUGAAGGCUCUUUCCUCUGAGCUGGCAAAUGCUCGGGAUGAAACCAAGAAGACAGCCAAUGAUAUGAUCCACGCUGAGAACAUGCGUCUAGGCCGCGACAAGUACAAGACCCUCCGUCAGAUUCGGCAGGGCAACACCAAGCAGCGCAUUGAUGAGUUUGAGUCCAUGUAAACUCUCCCCUGCACCUGCUGCCCUGCACUCUCUUCUCCUCUCUUUCCCAUCCUCUCCCGUCAUUCACUCGUAAUCGUGCUACGCUGGAACCACUACAGAAGAGUGACCAUGGUC